UUGCACUAUAUCCACCUGCUCUCGCAGCCUAUAACACGAAUAACUCGUUAUAUAGCACACAACACUUUUAGGUCUUAAAAGCUCUUGAAAGAAAAGAGUUAAUUGAUUAGGGUCAAUUGAACUCGACGGAACUAGGAAGCUGAAGUGACCAUGGUGUCCUGUAUACGGAUGAUCCUGCCACUGCUAGUUAUAUUGUAUUUCAUCUCACUGGAUGUGAGCGCAAAUCAACAGACUAUUUACCGGAUCAAAGGGGACUUUGGUAGCCCUGUUUACAUCGAACUGGAAUCUAUUGGAUGCUUUCGUGAUCGACCUUCUCGCGCUUUACGCAACAUGUACGCAAACUUCCGCAGCAGUAUUAGAUGGCGUUCCUAUCCUGACACCAGUUAUAUGGUCAAAGCAUGCGCAGAGAGCGCCUACCAACACGCCUACCCUGGUAUGUUCGCUGUUCAGUAUUAUGGUGAGUGCUGGAGCGAUGGGUCAGCAGAGGAGCGCUACAACAUGUACGGUGUGUCAACGAACUGCGAGCACGGAGUAGGAAAAGACUGGGCGAAUAUGGUMUAUCGUUAUAAAGUCGUUCCCAAACCAACAUCCUGUCAUAUUAAUGGUAAAGUGUACAAUGAAGGUGACCAAAUGUUUCUCAAUAGCAACUCGACGUCGUGUAAGCUGUGCACGUGUAGCAAUGGAGAAGCAAAGAACUGUAAAGGACUUCACUGUGAGACAGAUUAUCGAACUUUAUGCCUCAAGUUGAAGUAUUUGCCGGGUCAAUGUUGCCCUGUAUGCGAAUGCUCCAACAACGGCCAAAUAAUGCCCGUUGGAAGCACAUGGUUGGCCCGUAAAGAUUCCACUUGUGCUGAAUGUACAUGUCAAGCCAAUAACGUCGCUAAAUGCUUCAUUAAAUCAUGCAAGUGUAAUGGAGAUUUAAUACCCAUUGAAAUUCCUGGAAAAUGCUGCCCUAAAUGUGUUGCUCCAACUACAGCUUCUCCAAGACCAGAAACAGUCCCACCAACAACAGAACGACCACCACCCAUUAUCCCUCCUCGACCUUUCAGCUGAUCAUUAGUAUUAGUCACGUCAUGUCAUGUAUAGGGUAUACAGAUUAUUUCAAUUGUAAUUACAGUAUUAAUAUAAACAGCUGAUUAAGAAGUGGAUGGUAUUUUUGUCUAUGUAAUUAAAAAAAACUCAUAAAUAAUAUUUAUAUAUAUCUCUAAGUUAAGUUAAAAAAUACUGGGGGAAAAACGGAUAAGAGGUUAGAUAUGUGGAACUAAAAGAACAGAGAAAAAAUUAGAUAUGUAUGGUUGUGGAAGUGUGAACGAUUCCAUAUAGCCUCUCUGUAGCCUGUGUAGCGGCCCUAUGUUUUUUUGUGAGGAGAGGUUUUGCGAGGAGUGGGGAUUCAGGCUAGUUUCUCUGUUGUACUUGUUUCCUAUCAUCUUUUUUAAACUAAAUAAAUAAUAAAUAAACUUA